CCGGUUGGAAGUAGGUCAGUCAUUGUUUACAAGUACUAAGCAACUGCGUAGCCAUUAUAGAUCAUUAUACUAAGUCAGUGAUAGUUGUGGAAUUCGCUUGCAAGGUCUGAGGUCGAAUUGUCAGUAAGAUAAUCCUGCUUCAGGAAAUCAAAGAACCGUGAAAUGUCUGCAAUCGCAGAGAUUUAGAAGACGAGGUUGGUAAAUCGUGGCUUUGAAGGAUGGCUGGUCUAGAGCUUCACGAAGCAGUCGCUGCUGGAGACUAUGAUGCUGUGGAAGAAUUGCUAAACAGUGGCAAGGUUGAUGUUAAUCUUAAGGACGUUGAGUGGAAAUUCAAAACUCCCCUUCACUGGGCAUGCUCAAAAGGCUCCGCAGAUAUAAUACGCCUUUUGCUGGAACACAAAGCUAAGGGGACUGCCCGUAUGGCUGGGCGUUGGACCCCAGCCCACUGUGCAGCCGAGUCUGGGAAAGUGCACGCCCUCCGGGCUCUUCACAUGGCCGGAGUUUCUGUGUGGAAAAAGAACGCUAGUGGCGAAACUCCGCUCACGAUAGCGGAAGUGAACGGAAACGCCGACUGCGUCAAGUUUUUGACACAGGUAAUGGCAGGGAAAGUAACAGACGACGUUGAUGAUGACGACGACGAUGAUGACAACGACAAUGAACAUGAGCAUACGGAAAACACAGAUGAAACGUGAUGGUCUGGGACGCAAAGCGUAAUGCCUUGCAACCAUUCACUGACUAAAAACAACUUUAUGGGUACUUUGCAUGUGUUCAUGCUUAUAAUCUUGUGCACUGUUACAUUGUUUGGUUAGUCAUGUGAAAAUGGAUCCUUCUUAAACAUAUUUUAUUCGUCAAACAUAAGUAUUUGCGUGCUGCGCUUUAUAUCCAUUGUUUUAUCUUAUGUAUAUGCGAGUGGAUCAACAUAUGUAAAGUUCAAUCCAUUUUUUUUAAAUUGAUAAUUGUAUUAAAAUUACUAUUUCAACAA